GAGUGAGAGUAUGCAGGUCUUCAUUGUGGCACUGGUGGCUCUACUUGUGCUUAUAAUUGAGCGGGUCAACGGCCAGCAAUGUUCUUCACUUUGUAAAUGCCCAAAGGAUCCACCAAAAUGUACACCCGGGGUGCGGCUAGUCUUGGACAACUGCGCCUGCUGCCGUGUUUGUGCCAAACAAGCAGGGGAAGUCUGCACCGUAAACGAUAUCUGUGAUUCGCACCAAGGGCUGCAGUGCGAUUACAGCGCCGAUAAACGACAAGGAGUUGGCAUUUGCUUAGCACAUGAAGGUAAUAUUUGCAUGUAUGAUGGAGUUGUCUAUCGAAAUGGUGAAACAUUUCAGCCAAGCUGCAAAUACCAGUGUUCCUGUAAAGAUGGUCUGAUCGGCUGUGUGCCACGUUGUAAUCUGGAUGUUCUUUUGCCUGGGCCUGAUUGCCCAUUUCCUAAACAAGUACAGAUGCCAGGAGAGUGUUGUGAGCAAUGGGUUUGUGACCACAAACAAGAAGCACCUAUUGAAGGAUUUUUACUGGCAGCUCACAGACAGGAGGCAGCCUAUGAGUUGGACUCACUUAACUGUAUACAGCAGACUACACAAUGGAGCGCCUGCUCCAAAACCUGUGGAAUAGGCAUUUCUACUCGUGUAACUAAUAAAAACCACCAGUGUGAUAUGAUAAAGCAAACACGGAUUUGUGAAGUUCGACCAUGUGGUGAUUACAAAGUCACUCUAAAAAAAGGGAAAAAAUGUGUUCGAACACCAAAAGCAACAAAACCUACAAGAUUUGAAUACGAUGGCUGCCUAAGUGUCCAGUCAUACAAACCUAAAUAUUGUGGUGUUUGCAAUGAUGGAAGAUGCUGCACCCCUCACAGCACCAAAACAACCCAGCUGGAUUUUAAAUGUGCAGGAGGAAUAAUUGUUCAAAAACAAAUGAUGGUAAUCAUCACAUGUGCCUGUCAUUAUAAUUGCCCACAAGACAACACUGUAUUCCAAGCAGACCAAAUAUCUGAUGCCUAAGUAUUUUACUGUUGAGAAGCCAACAGUAGUUACUGCAGCAGUAUUUUUAUGAUUUAAGUGGGCUUUAACUACAGUUAACAUGCUUUCAGUUUGCCCCUUGAUUUUGAAGAUACUUGAACAUUUUUAUUGAAUUAUGUAUUUAAACAAUGUUCUUGCCUACUAGGUUGUAAAUAGAAAACAUACUUAUUGGUAUGAAUCAACAUGAGAAUUGUACCUGUACAGUUGCAUAUUAAAUGGUUGUUUAAAAUAUAUUUUUUAUAAAAACA